AUGAAGCAUUCCGAGGUGCUAAGGAAGCAGUAUAUCAACAAAGACUUGAACAGACUUACGAUUACGGAUCUGUUGGGCCUCUUCCCACGGCCAAAUGACCCGAGCAACCCAAUUCUGUCACCUCUGACGCGAAUGGGUUUACCGUCAGUGGUGGGCGAUACGUCUGGGUUCGUCUCCAGGGAAGAGAAGGACGUCCAAAAGAGGCGAUUAUCAGCAAAGGCUCUCUUGGAAGGCCAUGGUAGCACAGAAAUUCUGUCGACUGGAAGUCGCGGAUCGCCUACAGCCUGUGUCGCUGAAUCAGACCUUCCCCAUCUUGCACAGAACGACACUACACGACCAACGACAGGUAUGCGAGACGGAUGUCAUGACUGCGACGCGAGCACUUGUAACGCCCCAGCCAAGGAGAAGCAUCCAUCGAGAGUGACUGGCGGGGCCUCAACGCCUAGGAGCAGACAGUGCUGUGGAGCUUCUGGCGAAGCCGUCCACAAUCAAGCCGUGCAGGAUCAUGUUCCGUACAAUCUACGCUCGUGUUCAGGAGAGCGAUCAGUACUCGCGGGCCAGAUGCUAGGAGCACGAAAUGAUACCCCCAAUGGUGCAAUGGCUGGUGAUGCUGCGGACCUCUCUGCGCUACCUAGCAGCAUCGGACAGUACGCGUCUGAGCUGGGCCCCUCACAGCUGCAAAGACCGAAGGUGUCCUCACGCUCAUCACUUCCAGGAGAUCUACGGACGACCCUGUUGCUUGAGCAAGACAACGUUACAGGGUCAUAUGGUUUUGGUGAUGAAGAUAGGAUCAUCAGUAUACCUCUCCUACCAGACAUCAAAGGGCCAAUACGACCGACGCGCAGAGUCCAAGCUAAGAGCAGCAUUCUUCGAGAGGAUACCUCCGAUCCGCAGUCGGUGCGCUCAGACCUCAUUGGGUCCACUUCUGACUUAUCGUCACCUGCUGUCGCCAGAAGAGCUACACUAGGGGGUGAUUGUGACCCUUUUGCUGCGCCGAUUGGGAAGACCAAAGGGUCGCUGAAACUGGCCAUCAAAAGGUCCUCCGGGCACGCGGAGUCUCAGUCUCUCAAAACGCUCGGAUACGGAGACCGCACAGCUAGUGAGUUAACCAGUCGCUUUCCUACAGACGCCUUGUACAUGACAGCCGUGACCGAGCAAGAAAUGGCUCUUCUGGUCAUGAUGCGCUAUAAGCGUGCAGUGAUGAAGAAAAUCUCCUCUGCAGAAGGCUUGGACUUGCUUUGA